UCUGGCCCGAUACUCUGACUCGACCACUAUGGUGGUCCACGACAUCCCCUCCAACGAGGAUGGCGAUUCUGAGUCGAAAACAUGCGGCAAGAUCUUGGUGGUGCUGUCAUGGGUUUUAGUGAUAGCAACCAUGCCGUUUUCAUUGUUCAUCUGCUUCAAGGUUGUGCAGGAAUAUGAAAGAGCUGUCAUCUUCCGUUUGGGUCGUCUACUGUCAGGUGGAGCAAAGGGCCCAGGUAUUUUCUUCAUUCUGCCCUGUAUCGAUACAUACGCCAGGGUUGACCUGCGAACUCGAACUUACGAUGUUCCUCCACAAGAGGUUCUCACAAAAGAUUCCGUCACCGUCUCGGUGGAUGCUGUAGUGUACUACCGCGUUCACAAUGCCACGAUUUCCAUUGCCAACGUUGAGAACGCCCACCAUUCUACUCGAUUGCUGGCUCAGACUACUCUCCGCAACACUAUGGGUACUAGACCGUUGCAUGAGAUCUUGAGCGAACGCGAAACCAUAUCCGGCAACAUGCAAAUUGCUCUUGACGAAGCCACUGAGGCUUGGGGCAUCAAAGUCGAACGCGUGGAGAUAAAAGACGUGCGCCUGCCAGUACAGCUGCAACGUGCGAUGGCAGCGGAAGCUGAGGCAGCCCGAGAGGCUAGGGCCAAGGUCAUUGCUGCUGAGGGUGAACAGAAAGCCUCCCGAGCUCUCCGCGAGGCCUCUGAGGUCAUCGGCGACAGCCCUGCUGCAUUGCAACUACGUUAUCUGCAGACUUUGAACACAAUUUCGGCCGAAAAGAACUCAACGAUCGUUUUCCCGCUGCCCAUUGACCUGCUGACUUAUUUUAUAAAGGCAAAGGAGGCGUCCUCCUAAACGGAAGCAAAAUAACUGACAAUGCUCUAUGGACUCCAUUUGGGGUCUCUGUUCUACUGAGGCAUAUUUUUUUACUGGAUAUUGAUGAUCUACAAGGCUUUCGACGACUUUUUCUCUUGAUCCGUGGACUAGCAGGAAUCGCGGAGUGCUGAACGAGAACGAUUACAACUUGAUCGGCCACUUAUCGCCCCUGCAAACUAAAUAAUAAUAAAUUAGUCAAGUAAUUUCCGUAGCAAAAAUUUCGUCAGCUUUUCGACUGUUUUAGGAGAAUAUUCUAGCAAAUUUUAUGGCGAUUUUAAAAUUAAUUGGUUCGUGUCAGUAGUUUCAUAGGGAAAAGUGUUAUCACUGAUAAACUCAAAAGUAUAUAUACAGGGUUUACCAAAAAGGUUCGAAAAUAUUUCCUUUGGGAAGUUCGGGACACUAAUAAUUUAUGCACGUAUAUUCUUUGCCCCAAGCGUUCAGUAGCGUCCACUUUUAAGGAUAACAUAUUGUACACUAUCCCCCACAUUGUUGCUUUAGAGGCAUGGAACAGGGUUACCCUAACUGUUCCCGUGAGCGCCGUCUUGGGGACUAUGGGAUUUAUACGGGGCUAAUAUCAUCAAGUAGUGUUGCCCACAAAUCUGUCUUGCAUGUUCUGUUGACAACUGUAUGGAACCUAUCUCAAUAUUAUUUUUCUGAUUCUUAACGUUCGAAAUACAAAGUUAGAAUCAAGAUAUCGCAUGAUAUCGCUAAACAUUUAUAACCGACGAGACUUUGCAAAAUUAAUGAUACCAAUACACCCGCAGGGCAGCUUGUGGCGAGCUGUUGGUGUGUGGCGACACCACGGACCCGAGAUCUCCGGGGGAAAUACAAUCUACCCCCACCCCUGACUGAGCCUUCCAGAGUGGAGCGCUAGAGCAAUAUGCUCGUGUGGCGGAAUACUAAAAGGCAGCACUGGUCUUAACGUCUCUAGUCACUCACAAAGCCUUACCUUGGAAGCACACAAAAAUUAACUAUCCAUCCAGUGAGUGGCGAGCCACCGUCCACCGAAAGUUCAAUCUAUUGACUAGAGGUGGAAAAACCUGCUUAUAAACUUUAAAACGUUGUACUUAUUUAAAAAAGCGACAUUGCACUUAAACCCUUUUUAGUUUGACCCUUAUAGACUUUACGUUAAAGAAGAUUGCAACAUUAUGUUGACAGCGAGAAACGAAAGUACACCACUAAAGAUUUUCAGUUAAGUACUUACUUAAGUUUAAGUCGAACCAAUUUGUUUAGGUAACACAGAUGGUGGAACUUGACACUCAAAAAAAAUAUUUUUGACCUUGAAAAUUUUGAUUAAAAUUAUGAACGAGCACUAUAUUAAAAAGUAAACUUUUUAAAGUGAGUGAUAUUCGUUUAAAUGCCCACCUACUAUUGACGGACAAGCACCACAUCCAAUGGUCCAUACAUUGGUUAAACUAUCUGUAAUCUAUAGCCCAGUUCAGUUUUUCUUUACGGUUUUUUUUAUCCUGCUUCAUAUAUAAACCUACACUGUAUAUCGUAUAAUAUCGUCGCUUCAACUGUGUAAGUUUACCAAACAUACCGAAGAAAAAUGUAAGACUCGCUCUGUGGUGUUUACGCUUAGACUCCCGAUAAUCUGUCUGCCCUUCACCCUUGAGCCAUUUAGACUGAUAUAGGAUCAACAAUUCCAAAGCAAGCGCGUGUGUUCUUAUUACAAAAGCGCUCUAAGUUCGAUAUGCGUUGAUCCUAAAAUGGAGGCUUUUUUCUUGAACGUCACCAGUAAACGAACAGUAUACUGACGUCAUGCAACAAGUGUUUCACCACCUGGAAAUAAGUGCUUCACAAUACAAUUUUCAGGUCGAGUGAAAAGUAACCACAAGGAGUAUAUUCCUCUUUUAUGUGAUAUCAAUUUCAAAUAGCUUUGAGGACAAAUUUAAUACAUUGACUUACAAAUAAAUGGACGACGGUUCCAAUACAAAAACCACGAAAAAAAUGUCCCAAGUCAACCUAUUUAAACGUAGUGACAUGUAAAG